AUGGAGGGCAUUACUCCUGUGGAUGGCUCUCCGUCAUGCAGUCACAUCGAAAGUCUUCCUUGGCUGAUCCGCUAUAAUGUGAUGGUGAGGCUCGACUUGCCUGAUCUCAAUGCGUUGGCAUGCGCGUCGCCAAUCCUCUACCGGCAGGUUAAACAAGAUCGCCCUCGCAUUCUCUAUGGAGGGCUGAAGACUAUGCUUGGCAACACGUUGCUGGACGCUUACGCAGUGUAUCAGACAUCGAGCCCGCCCUUUACGACUGGUAUCAGGGAUAUUGGAGUUGUUCAGCCGUUCCUUGAAUCCUAUGCAAAAAGGCUCCGAACAGAGAAGGCGGGGCCGUCCCUCGGAGACCUUAGUGAAGAGGCAAUCAUUGCCAUGUGGACCUUUCAAACAACAAUUGUCGCCCCUCUUGUUGAGGUGUUUGCUCGGUGGACUCUCGGUAAUCUGUCAAACCUUGCUCACAAUCCAGAUUAUCAGAGAGAUCGGCCGCCAAGAGAUGGCCCAGAGGCGAGCCGCCUAGAAGUUGACCUGAGUGUGACUGAACGCAUGCGCAUCUUGAGAGGAAUGUAUCGUUUCCAGCUGUACUGUCAUCUUUUCGGAGCGCAGUGCCGAGGCAGACCAAGGUUUGGCCAUCCAUAUAUGAGCCGUGACGAUGUGUUUGGACUUGUCCAUGACUUAUUCGAACCGUGGGAAUUUGAGGAGUUUGUGUGCAUCCAAUACUACGCUUGGUGGACAUGGUGGCAUACUUGCCAAAGAUUUGGCGACGAGAUUGACGAGACAAGCCCUCUUUUUGAAGAGGUGACUCCUCCGGAUCCGUGGGGGAAACGGCUAACAGGGAGUGUGGAAGACCAUGUCAUCAAUGGUACUGCUUCUCGAGGCCUACGACCCAUACGUGAGAUCUUAUUUGUUGCAAUUGAUCACGCACAUCGCAUCAGACUUAUGCACGAGUUAUUGGCAUGGCCAACAGAGGAAUAUAUAGACUUUACCUGUUCGUCGCCAAGUUGGCAAUGGAAACACCGAAGAAUCAACCGCUCGGAGCGCGAUUGGAAGGAAUUUCGGCGCGAACCUCUUCCAUUUAAUGGAGAAGGUGAAUCGGAUCAAUCCAACCUUCGACCACCUGCAGCCUGGGUGAUGCUUUGGGAGGAAAAGUACUCAAACAUACGCACUUUUGAAGACGACUUAUUAUAUUGGGGGUAUGUGAUGUGGGACAGGGAUCGCAUAGAUUCUACGGGAGCUGAAAAAAUCAUCUUCAGCCAACGCCUCGAGUUCCUGCCAUUGGGAGAUCUAGAUUACAGCAGCCCUGAGGAAGAGGAAGAAAGCGAAUAUACAAACUCGUCUCAUUCCUCUGAUGAGUCAGAAGAUGACGAAAGGGCGAGCUCGGAGAGGGAAGGUUAG